AUGGCCUCGUCCGUCGCCCUUCGUCAGGCACUGACCCCGUCUUCCUUCCUCACAGGAGCUCCCACCCCCAAAGUCGCACCUACCAGAGCGUCCGUGAGCAAUGGCGUUUCGUUGUGCUCGUUCCAGGCAACAUCCGCGCAAUCUCAGUCUAGGUCGGUCGUCUGCUCUGCUGCCAGCACAGAAGUCACAGCAGCAGCAGCGUCCACUGACAACUGGGUGCCGGUAAUCCCCAUGGAGGCGCUUCCUAAGGGAGAGAGGCGGCUUAUUAGGCAGGACGGCCAGGAGAUUCUUCUGUUCUGGUACCGGAACGAGAUUUACGCCGUGGAGAACGUCUCGCCUGCAGAGGGAGCGUACUCGGAGGGAUUUCUCAACGCCAGGUUCACCCAGGACGGUUGCAUCGUGUGUCCCUCAACGGACACCACAUUCGACCUCAAGACCGGCGAGAUCAAGGAGUGGUACCCCAAGAACCCCGUGCUGCGCGCGCUCACCAAGCCGCUCCGCGGGCUGGAGGUGUUCCCUGUGAAGCUGGAGGACUACCAGGUCUGCAUCAACAUGGGCCGCGGCUCUGCCGGUGCUGCUGAGGUGGUGGUGGGCGAGGCUUCCAGGGUCGGCCAAACGGUCUCCGACGUGAAUGUGAACGAGACUAGGAUGGUGGUGGAUGAGUCAGCAGGCGGAUUCGGGUUUUCACCACAGAACGAGUUGCUCAACGGCCGAGCAGCAAUGGCAGGUUUUGUGGGUCUACUGGUGAUCGAGCUUGUCACUGGCAAGGGACUGCUGUCUGCUACUGGGUUCCUCGACUUCCUAUACCGUGUCGGCCUCAAUGGACCGGCUUUGUAG